GGAGCGCCGAGCUUGUCAUAUAACUUCGGUCGAACUCGUCUCUCAGUAAACGUGGAUUAUGCCAAAUUUCUGAACCAGUCGUUUAACUUAAUCUACUGGUCCCAGUACGUGAAGAUUUCAUAGCAGCCCGUAGCGACACUGACACUAUCAUGGCGAAACCCAAAUUAGUUGUGUUUGACCUAGAUUAUACCCUCUGGCCUUUCUGGGUGGAUACACAUGUCGACCCACCUUUUCGCAGAAAUGAAAGUGGUAAAGUGGUUGAUUCUAGAAGUUCUCCCAUUUCCCUCUACAAGGACACUGUGGAUAUAUUGACCUCCCUCCAUGGCCAAGGCAUGAAGAUUGGAAUUGCUUCACGAACUGGAGAGAUAGAAGGAGCCAACCAACUGCUGUCCCUGUUCAGCCUCAACCAGUACAUCUCCUUCAAGGAAAUAUACCCAGGUUCAAAAGUGACACAUUUUCAGAGGUUACAGGCAGACAGCGGCGUCAAAUACAAUGAAAUGAUGUUCUUUGACGACGAGUCCAGGAACAUUACAGACGUCAGUCGGCUAGGUGUGCACUGUGUCCUUGUUGGCAAUGGAGUGACCUCAAAACUGGUUGAUGAAGCGAUCCAGCAGUUCUCCAAGUCACACUCGUGAUGAUUGAGGCAUCAGAAUCUAUGGAGUCAGACCACUGGAUGUCAGUGUGGAACCAUUGCACUAGUCUUUUGAGACCUCUUGUUUACAAAGUUGUCAUCUGUGUCUUUAAACUCAGACGUGGACGAGUAUAGAUUUCACUUUACAGCAACAGCAUCUGUGUGGCAACCGCUUUAAGGCUAUGAGAUUGUAGGAUGUUAUAGAAAUGACGGGUGUGUAACCGCCCUCUGGGGGAUUUUCUCCAGGUUUGUGUUCUCUGUAAACAGGUCACAGGUCACACAACAAAAUUGACAGAUUUUUUAAAAACCAUCAUGUUUACUCCUUUAUUGAUCUGUGUUUUCUUUAAAGUUUCUCUGUGUUCUAGCUUGUCAUGAUGGCAGUGGGGUAUUGUUGAAUAUGAAGGGCCUUGCUAAUCUAUUAUCUGUCUCCUCACCACUGCCGUCUCUUACAGGAAUGAUAUCCAUUUAGUUGUUACACACAUUGAACAAGUACUGUAUUCAACCUAUUUAUGUCAUGUACCAUUUUAAGUAUGGUAAGACAUACUAUUUACAUCAUAUUUGCCAUUUUACUGUGGCGCAAUAUUCUGCCUAUCUAUCAUUUGCAGUGUCAUUUUAAUGUUAGUAGCCGGUAUGUUUUUAAUGGGUUGGUAUGUAAAGGUGGCCAACUCUUCUCCCGGUGAUUUACCCUCUAAUAGGUUUUGGUGGCAGCCAAGUGUUUAAAUGACCUGGGCGUCUGUGCCAUGCAGAUGCAUCUGAACGGCUUGAUUAGCUCUCUGAGAAUAAGGCCUGGGCAUCCCUGUCCCUGCUGUGUAGGGAAUGAAUGAGGACUGCCAAAACACCCAACUGUCCAACAUUCCCAAAUGCACCGUUAGAGUCAAGAGAGUGUGUUUAAAAUGAUUGUAGUUAUUAUUUAACGACGGCUAUAACACAAGAAAGCUUUUGGGAAACACUGUUUUAGAGAGUCCAUUUGGCAGGCUUGAUGCUGGCAAAUGGGGCUGCUGUUAUUUUAUCUAGUCUGACAUUUAUUUUCAAAGUUUGUUAUGCCAUGGUAUUAAUUGCUUUAAUUAUCUCAGCUAUGUAUUCUGGUGUAACAACUAAUUAAGAUAAAGCACUUAAAUUCAUAAAACAAGUUCCGUCCUGAUGAGUGGGUGUUGAUGUAUUUAAGUGGCAAGUUGUCACCUAGUGCAUGGUUGUGGGGUCCUCUCAUACUUUGCCCUUUGGGAGUUGUGAUAGCCCUGUUUUUUUUAUUCUGUACUUGACCUCUGUACUGUUACUUCCAUUAAAGUAAACAAAAAGCAAUGCAACAUAAACCUUCAAAGAAAA